GAAACGGAGACGGCUCACCAUGGACGGUUUCGACGAGGAGGCUUUCAAAAAAUUCUUCCCAUCGGGGUUUGGGAAGCAAGAGAAGAAAACCGACGUCAACGCCCAAAUCGACCUCACCAAACGCAAUGCGAAAGCCGAUGAUGACAACAAUGAGAAAGCACCGUUGACCAGCGAUCCUAGCGCGGCCGCGAAAAUAGAAGAUGAGAAUGAGGAGCCGAGUCAAGAAAAGGAAAGCGACGACAGUCAUGCAGACUCAGACAGCGACGGCGAUUCAGAUGAUUCAGAUGAUGAGGACGAGUUCCCUGUGUCGCAUGAGCUUAGUAUGAAAACACAUGAGCGCGCGGUCACGACGAUUACUGUUGAUCCAUCGGGAUCCAGAUUGAUCACUGGCUCUACAGACUGUACGAUAAAACUGCAUGAUUUUGCAUCCAUGACUCCGUCGACAGUGCGCUCGUUUAAAUCGGUUGACCCCUCCGCUAAAAAGCAGUCUGCGGCCCAGGAAGCGCACGCGGUACACUAUGCGGCCUUUAACCCCCUCUCUCCCGGCUACGUUUUGGUUGUCUCUGCGACGCCCCAACCGCGGAUUCUCAAUCGCGAUGGCGAUACAAUUACGGAGUUUGUGAAGGGUGAUAUGUACCUGAGGGAUCUCCAUCACACUAAGGGCCAUAUAUCAGAGGUGACGAGCGGCGCAUGGAGCCCAACAGAUCUCAACCUGUGUGCUACUGCUGGGACUGAUAGCACGGUUCGUAUAUGGGACGCUAAUGUCGGGCGAUCGCAAAAGGAGGUCAUUAUGCACAAGUCAAAAGCUGCUGGAUCCGCUGGUCGGAGUAAAAUGACUGCCCUUGCCUGGGGUUCCCCGAAACAAGGCGGCCCCAAUGUCCUUGUAGGUGCUGCCCUUGAUGGCAGCCUACUGAUGUGGAGCGGAAAUGGCCCGUAUACAAGACCUAGUGCUGAAGUUAGAGAUGCACAUGCGCGGAAUACUUGGACGAGUGGAAUUGACAUCAGCUCCGAUGGAAGACUGGUCAUCACCAAGGGAGGAGACGACACUAUCAAAUUAUGGGACACAAGGAAGUUUAAGCAACCGAUCACAACAGUUGUGCAUCCUUCUAGCUCCUCUCGAUUCCCUUCGUCGAAUAUCAUUUUCUCGCCGACAUCGGCUAAUGUGGUCACCGGCUCUGAGACCGGUCACUUGCACAUCCUGAAUCCCGCUACUUUGAAGCCUGAGCUGGUCACACCAGUCACUCCUGGAUCUCCAUUGAUUACCGUGUUGUGGCAUGAGAAACUGAACCAAAUUCUGACUGGAUCUGCCAAUGCUGAAACUCAUAUUCUCUAUAACCCGAACAUGUCGACCAAGGGCGCUGCACUGGUCAUGUCAAAGGCUCCAAAGCGCCGUCACAUUGACGAUGAUCCAACCCUCACAAUGAAUCUAGCCCAGGGAAUUUCGGGAGACUCGGUCGUUAUCGGAUCGAACGGCGUUCCCCAUUACAGCUCGGCUACCUGGUCCGCACGACACCCAACCAUUGGCUUAACAGCUUCGGGUCGUCCAAGGGACCCGCGACGGCCUCACAUGCCCGCGCAGACACCCUUUGCGAAAUCUCAACCGGACGAGAAACAUAUUCGAGAGAAUAUUCCGCUCAGCUCUAUGCGCGAUGAAGAUCCGCGAGAAGCACUCUUGAAGUAUGCUGAAAAGGCUGAAAAGGACCCGAUAUUUACAAAAGCUUGGCAGGAAACACAGCCUAAGACCAUAUAUAGGGAUCUUAGUGACGAUGAUGAGCCCGAGCCGGAUAGGAAAAAGGCAAGGCGGUGAUCAAGAAAACUUGGAGCCACAAGGUAUCUAGCUAGCUAUCAUUUUGUAAUAUACAUAACUAUAUGUCAAGGAACUGCCGCUAGACCGGACGCGGCUUUUAAUGAAUUUUUGACAACAUAAACUCUGGUAUUUGUGCUCGGUGACAAUGCGCAGGGUGAGGGUGGGGGAGAAGGUGUAAAAGGAUCCUCCGGAUCGACCAGAGAGCCCAAUGAAGAUACAGCUAGCACAUGGCU